UGUGCGCUGCUUGGCGGGCACAUCAUCAUCCCGACCCGACGGAGAGGCAGCAGACCUCCCGCAUCCUCCCCCGCAUCCCCAAACCACCGCAUUGUGUCUGCAGCCACUGCGAUAGGCGUUCACGGACAGCAUCAUGUGCAGACUUCAGUAAAGCCGGGACGUUUUUCUAUGCAACGCGCUCCUCUGGUCUCACAGUAAACCGCUGCUCUCGAAACAUUUUCUCAAGGAUAAUAAUGAUGAGGCGUGAUCGCGAUAGAGACAGAGAGCGCGAUGAACGGUCGAGGGACAGGGACCGUGACCGGGAUCGAGACCGUGACAGGGACAGAGAUGUGAAGUCAUCCGGGGUGCCCAACAUCCUAACUGCAGGCGGUGGGGUCUUCCUCAAGCAAACCCCCUUUCAGCAGCAGAUCAACCCCUUCACCAACCUGCCCCACACGCCACGCUACUAUGAGAUCCUGAAGAAGCGGCUGCAGCUGCCUGUGUGGGAGUACAGAGAGAGCUUCACUGACAUCCUGAUGCGGAACCAGUCUUUUGUGCUGGUGGGAGAAACAGGCUCUGGGAAAACCACACAGAUCCCUCAGUGGUGUGUGGACAUGGUGCGGUCAGUGCCGGGACCAAAGAGAGCCGUGGCCUGCACCCAGCCCAGGAGGGUAGCAGCCAUGAGCGUUGCCCAGAGGGUUGCUGAUGAAAUGGAUGUCAUGCUGGGCCAAGAGGUGGGCUACUCCAUCAGGUUUGAGGACUGCAGCUCUGCCAAGACGGUACUCAAGUACAUGACAGAUGGAAUGUUGCUGCGGGAGGCCAUGAAUGAUCCCCUGCUCGAGCGCUACGGUGUCAUCAUCUUGGACGAGGCACACGAACGCACAUUAGCCACAGAUAUCCUCAUGGGGGUCCUCAAGGAGGUGGUCCGCCAGAGGGCUGACCUCAAGGUCAUCGUCAUGAGCGCCACGCUAGAUGCCGGCAAGUUCCAGGUGUACUUUGACCACUGCCCGCUGCUCACCAUCCCUGGACGCACGCACCCUGUGGAGAUUUUUUACACGCCCGAGCCUGAGCGGGACUACCUGGAAGCGGCCAUCCGCACCGUGAUCCAGAUCCACAUGUGUGAGGGGGACGAGGGGGACAUUCUGCUUUUCCUCACUGGACAAGAGGAAAUUGAUGAAGCUUGCAAGCGAAUCAAGCGGGAGGUCGACGACCUGGGGCCUGACGUCGGCGAUAUCAAGAUCAUCCCACUGUACUCCACACUUCCUCCACAGCAACAGCAGAGGAUCUUUGAGCCACCCCCACCCAAUAAACCGAGUGGUGCCAUCGGAAGGAAGGUUGUCGUGUCAACAAACAUCGCCGAGACAUCCCUGACCAUUGACGGCGUGGUGUUUGUAAUCGAUCCUGGAUUUGCCAAGCAAAAGGUGUAUAACCCACGAAUCAGAGUGGAAUCCCUUUUGGUCACAGCCAUCAGUAAGGCCUCGGCCCAGCAGAGGGCAGGUCGUGCUGGACGAACACGCCCAGGAAAGUGCUUCCGCCUUUACACAGAGAAAGCUUACAAGACAGAAAUGCAGGACAACACGUAUCCAGAGAUCCUGAGGUCUAAUCUGGGCUCUGUGGUGCUGCAGCUGAAGAAACUGGGUAUUGACGACCUGGUGCACUUUGACUUCAUGGACCCACCAGCCCCAGAGACCCUGAUGAGAGCCCUGGAGUUGCUGAACUACCUGGCAGCGCUCAAUGACGACGGCGACCUGACGGAGCUGGGCUCCAUGAUGGCAGAGUUCCCCCUGGACCCCCAGCUGGCCAAGAUGGUCAUCGCCAGCUGUGAAUUCAACUGCUCGAACGAGGUUCUCUCCAUCACUGCCAUGUUGUCAGUCCCACAGUGCUUCGUCCGACCCACGGAGGCUAAGAAGGUGGCCAACGAGUCCAAGAUGCGCUUUGCCCACAUAGACGGGGACCACAUGACGCUGCUUAACGUCUACCACGCCUUCAAACAAAACCACGACUCCACUCAGUGGUGCUACGACAAUUUCGUCAACUACCGCUCACUGAUGUCAGCAGACAACGUACGGCAGCAGCUGUCCAGGAUCAUGGACCGCUUCAACCUGCCGCGGCGGAGCACCGAGUUCAGCAGCAGAGACUACUACACCAACAUCCGCCGAGCGCUGGUCACUGGCUUCUUCAUGCAGGUCGCUCACCUGGAGCGCACGGGCCAUUACCUGACAGUGAAGGACAACCAGGUCGUACAGCUGCACCCUUCCACUGUGCUGGAUCACAAGCCAGAGUGGGUGCUUUACAACGAGUUUGUGCUCACCACAAAGAAUUACAUCCGCACGUGCACUGACAUCAAACCAGAGUGGCUGGUGAAAAUUGCCCCGCAGUACUAUGAGAUGAGUAACUUCCCCCAGUGUGAAGCGAAGAGACAGUUGGAGCGUAUCAUUGCAAAAAUCUCAUCCAAGGAAUACACUCAGUACUAAGAAGGUUUGCAUGUGCUGCAACAGCAUCCUCGGCAUCUGUACAAAGUAAAACCUGAACUUAUUUGAGCUGUUUUGUUUUUUUCUUACCAACAACAACCUCAUUUUAAUUUCUUUGUCUCACUAUGUGUAAUGUAUUUUCAUGAUGACUGAUGAAUUGUGUCCUUUAAGGGCCACCGUGGGUCAUUUUUUUAAGCCCAGAGGGUUAAGCACUACCAGAGAUGGACUGUAAAUGAAUUUAGUCAUUAACCAUUUCUGUUUAAAGCAUGAUAGCUCAUGUACAUUUCAACAUUCCUCUUUAAGACAUCCGUAUUAAGCCACAGCCCGGGAUUCUUGGCUGUUGUCUUGCUUCUGCUGCUGAAACGGCAUAAAUCCAUGGAAGCUUUUGAUCAAAUAUAAUUUAUACUGUAUUUUGAUGCGGGCAUAAUGUAUUGUUCUCCUGUCACAGAGAUACUAAGAGGGGCAUUCUGGUCACAUUUCCUGUCGCUGUUCAACUUAAUAAAAUUGACUUUGUAAUAAAACAUUUUUCCAGUGUCAGCAUUAAAAUAACAGGAUAAUCUGCGCAUAAACUUUUCACUUAACCCUCGCACACACACAUGAACUGAGCAAGCACGUUUUGACCUGCCAAAUCCAGCUCGUUUCCUGGCUCUUCAGGGAAGUUAAAUCUUCUUACUGGGAUAUUGAUAGCUUCAGAAACAGUUGGAGUGAGGGGGAAUGUUAAUUACAAAUGUUUCGGAAGAAGAUCAGUGUGAAAUCCCUGCUGUGCCAGAGCCUGUUCUGCCUGUACUGCUUUGUGUCAGCGCCUCUCUAAUGUGGAAGGUAAAGAUUGCAUUUGGGAGAUGAAUAAUUCUAAGCACCCCAGUGAAUGAGAAAAUAGCCCGAAUAAUGGUCAGUGACAUAAGUUGAAUGUGCAUUUAGUUUUAUUAAAGUCAAACCGUGGCUGUCAGGUUAGUGUCCAGCACCAGACUUGUAAAAGUUCCAUGGCAAUGAGGAAAGUUGAAAGAGCUCGGACAAACUUUCUUGGGAGGCUUUCCCCUCUCAUUCUGUGGGUCAACAACUAAAACAAGGCAAGCUGCCUGUGAGUGGCGGAGCGUGAAUUCCAUCAAGAGUCUGGUUAACUGGACUCCUCGGAGGCCUGUGAAGAUAUAGGGGGCUGCGGUGGGAGCAUCUCGGGCCUACCUCCCCUAAGGACUGGUUACUGUGUUGAGUCUUUGCUUUGUUGUUUUAUUAAGUCUGCUUUUAGAGCUGAAACAUGCCACUUAACUCUUCCACAGGUAUAGCAAGCAGCAGCAAUUGUACAACAAUUGUAUAACGUCUUCCGUGGCUCUGGACGAGCUUUGUCAAGUCUAAUACCGAAAGCCUGCAUUACAAAUUUUCAAAAACGUGGGCGUCCUUGUGAAGGAGUGAGCAUCUAACUAAAAGUGGUAAAAAGCUGAAACUUCUUUUGUGUGCCAAGUGUGAGCUCCUGGUUAGGAUCUCUUCAGUGUUCAGGAGAUUUUUACCAGGAGCCAAGUGAUUAAAGCCCAGUAAAACCACUGAGUAACACAGUUAACGUUAUACAUCUGUGUUUGUCUGACACUGCUGGGCUCGUUGCAAACAGGCUGCUAGCCCAGCACCUGCUAAUGUGUGCUCACCUUUUUUUUUGUCUCAUAACUUACGAUUCAGACGUUAAGGAUGUUUUUACCAGGAGCCGAAUUAUCCAUAGAGCUCUCCUCCUCUCCAAAACAAAUUGACUUGGUGAUUACACCAGUAAAAACACUGUGUAAAGCAGCUUCACGUUAAAAAUCUGUAUUUUUUCAACACUGUUUGGCUUGUCAUGGAGGCUAAUUAUGGUGGCCAACGCCAACAUGCAAAUGGCCCUGUCUAGAGCCAGUGUAAGGUUUGUCUGUUCUGGGCUACUGUAGAAACAUGGCAGUGCAACAUGGUGAACUCUAUGGACAAGGACCUGCUCCCUCUGUAGAUACAAACAACUCAAUCUAAGGCAAAACGCAAUGAUAGCUAUUUUCAGGUGAUUAUACACCAGUGAAAUGUCUACUUAUUAUUUUCCAUUACUGCCAAUAAAUUCCACUAAAUUGUUCACACUGGACCUUUUAAAGAAGGACCUUGUAAGUUUUUUGGGAUGGGUCCUGUUUCUCGGGCUGAAACCAACACUUAAUUUUAUGAGUGAUUAAUAUGCCAAUUAUUUUUGGGAUUAAUUGAUUAAAAGGGACCUCCACUGAUUUUGCAUAUCAAAGUAUUUAGAUGUGAAAAAAAGUUUUGCCACCAGAGCUACACAAAGUCAGAUAUAUCGCCUCAAGUGAUGUCACUUAAGUCAGCAUUGUUUUGGGUCUGGGACUACAAGUUUAAAAAUUAAAACACAACAAGUUAGAGUUAGAAAGAAGUGAGCGAUUUGCAACUUUUUCCUCAUGUCUGCUUAAGGCUAGCGGCUUGAGGGUAUAUUAUCCGCUACAAGCGUAACCCAACUGAAUCAUCCAUCAAUCUGUUGGUGGUUUUGUGCCAUUAUGGGUAAUAUAUGCACCAAGUUUUGACAAGGAAGAAGAAUGCAUGAAUGAGGAGGCGAUAUCUCUGGUUGUGCUGCAUUGAUUUUGAUCUUAACUGUCCGUUGUGUGGCUGAUACAGUUAUAGGAGUGCAGUACUAAAUCAGUGGUGUACUCUUUAAAUCAUUUGGUUGAUAAAAUGUCAGAAAUCCCAAAGAAAUUUAAUCGUCUUGUUUGGUUGGACCAAUAGUCCAAAACCCAUAGAUAUUCAGUUUACUAUGUGAAUAAAAUAAAAACAGCCAUUUUUACAUUUAAUAAGAUAUAUCUGGCAACUGUUUGACAUUUAUGCUUGCGACUAAAUCAAUUAAUUCAUCAACAAAACAGUUGUCAUUUAAUUUUCUGUCCAUUGAUUAAUCUAUUAAUUGUUUCAUCUCUACUUGUUCCAUCUCCAGAUGGAUAGACUAUUCUGUGUCGAAGGACUGGAAGCAUUAAAAAAAGCAAUAACUCAGUUUGAGCUAUACUUUGUUCGGCCACUACGACAAAAGCAAAUCAAAGACCCCAUUUUGUUUCUUAUAUUGCCUUUUAAAAAGCAAUUUUAAUCCAGUCUUUUUUGCUCAGGUAGCCUUUAUGAUAGCAUAACCUCGCCUUCCUCUGUUCUGCAUCUCGCCUUUACAUCAACUGUAAGGGAAUAUACAUAACAUUGACCUGAGGAUAGAAGCAGAAACGAACCAGUAAGCAAUUUUUCACAAUCUCUGUAGUGUCUGGAAGUAGGCAGGCAGAGAUACUAAACCUGCUAAGGGAGUUUUUAAAUUAAGCCCGCAGAUUGUGCAAUAUGCUAAGUCAGGAAAUUAGCAUGUGUGCUUUAAUAUUUUUGGACUGUUGGGAGACAGGUUUUUAAGUGGAUGGCCUUUUGCUUGGGAACGUACACAGAACCACAAAAUGGUGCCGGAGAGAUUAGUCUCUCUCUCCGAAGUGAAGCCAAUAGAAAACCCAUUAGUUUGAGCUGAUCUGGAAAUUAUAUGGAAUUGAUCCUGAGUAAGAACAGUUUUUCAUGCUCAAUACUUCCCAUUGAUUCACACUGCCAUAAUUACAAGUGAAAAUCAUAAUGUCUCCAAGAUGCAUUUUGUGAGUGUCUUAUAGGAGGGUGCAUGUGGUCCUACUUCUUGUGCUUAAAGGGACAUACAUUUGUUUCCUCUUACCUGUAGUGCUAUUUAUUAAGCCAUAUUGUUUUUGUUGUUGAGUAUUGGAGAUAUCAGCCGUAGAAAUGUCUGUCCUCUCUCGAAUCUAAUGGAGCUAGAUGGCACCACCAACCUUAUCACCGCACAGGGGGAAGCGCGGAUCUACUGCUAGCUCACCUAGCACCACUGAGCUAGCUAAUGUUACAGCUCAGCCAUUAAUGUUAACAUCUUACACUGUCACAAGCAUGAGCCUCUCAUUCAUGAGUAGAUGUACACUUCCUUCUGCGCGGUGAUACUGUCAGAGGGUGAUAUUUCCGGCUCCUCGGCUGAGCUCGGCUGAACGUUAGCUAGCUCAGUAGUGCUAGGUGAGCUAGCUUCCUUCUGCAUAGUGAUACAGUUUGUGGGUGUAGAAAUAAAAUAGUUCCAACAUGAAACUGCUCACAAUCUUGAGUAACUGGGUCAUGAUUUCCGGAAAGAGACAUUUCUGUCGAGUUUUUCACAUGUAUUUUUUGGCGCUUUGAGCACCACACGCCGAGUGCCAUCAAGUUCCAUUAUAUUCUACAGGAGGCAGACUUCUCCGUGGCCAAUAUCUCCAACACUCUGCAACUCACACCAAAACAAUCUAACCUGUUAAACAGCACUACAGGUAAGAGAAAGAAUAUGCAGUUUUUGAUUUUGGGUGCCACUGUCCCUUUAAUCAUACACUAUGACUGUAAUGGCUUCACAGGAAUCAGUAGAUAUGAUUAAAAUUCAGACAGAGCUGGAGUGAGAUUUGUAGUUUAUCUUUUGUUUCGCUGCUCAGGCUAAAAACUUCUCUGAGGUCAAGGAUAUACUGUACAUUUCCUCCCGCAGCUGUUCAUAACACACCCAUCCUUGCACCCUGGGCUGAUGUUAGACGCCAUUAUAUGUGGCUCUUUGACAGUAACUCAACAAAAGUAGCAAACACAAACAAAUACCAGACAGGUAUUGUUCAGCGUGUUUCCAAACAGUGUGAAUCACCACUUCGCUACAGCUCAAUCUCCUACCGCCCACAGAGUCCAGUAUGGUGCCUCAUCAUCAUUUGAGACCGUGGGUAGGGAAGUUUAUUGCACAACACCUCAGCGUUUCAGGAAAUCCAUCCCCCCGCAUAGUCCUCCUCCCAUCCCACGCUGGUCCUUCCCCCCCACCACCGACGCAGCCACCAAUCGGAGCCGAGACAGGUGUCUUAUCUCCAUCACACAGCACAAGCACAGCCAAUCUUCCAGGAAGAUGGCGACUGGAAUGUGACAAAUCCAUCUGUCCUGGUUUGAAUUUGUAUGCUAAUUUGAAGUAAUAGCCCCUCUGGUGACAGUGCAAGGGAACAAUUCAAUCAUGCCAUCUAUGACAGUUGCUUUCCAGCCUUCUCUGUGAUAUGGGAGUAUAUGCACGUACCGCCGGGUUAGGCUUGAUAAAUUGGUUAUGUAGGGGAGAUGUGGCAUGUAGACUGCAUGUUUAAAAUGGGCUGCCAGUUUGAAAUGAAUCACGCAACUACUGAAGGCACCUGUGCAGAAAUGUGCCGCCGCUACCUGUCGGCAGAGGGGAAGCAAUAUUUGAUUUGACCUCAUUCAUUUCCCCCCUCAACGCGGCCGGAUUGGCGGCUGUCCUGAACUUUCACCCAAUUUCCCCGCUGCAGCCUUCAUGAGAUACGUGUGAACGAUAGAAAUAUCCCCACAUAAAAUCACACUAACACAAUUGUUACAUUGUCACACUGAAUUAUCUCAGGCUGUUGAUUUGAUUCCGUGAAAAGCUUCCAUGUGUCACUGGGCAGAAGAAGAGACGGAUCAGAAAAUGCAGGCACAACAAGUACGAACAAGCUGAGCUGUGCCAUAUAUUCAGGAAGAAGGCGGCUAUACGAUUUGUGAUUUCUCUUGUGCCUUGGCACUCCCCUGCACUGUGCAAAUGUAUGGCACUCCAUUAUCUUUAAAUUAAUCUACAGCACAGGACAGAUUAUGGUUGAUGGUGACAGAUAAGGCUAAAGAACAAACCGCUCUUCAUUUUGCUUGCAUCAUUCUUUUUCUCUUCCUCCAAGAUCAGGCUUGCUUUCUUCUUCACUGAGUUGGGUUACCACAUUUUUAUCCCCAUUAAAAUAUGCAACACAACAAUAAAAAAAAAUCACUCACAACUGCAACUGUCAGUAAGAAAACGCCUUGCAUCAUCCAAAGGCGUAGCAAUUUAAGGUAUUUUUAUUCCACAAUUUGCAGUAUUGACACCGCUAACAAGCCUCGUGAGAAUUAACUCGAUGAAAUAUGUAGGCUGUGUUAUGGCCAAUCACCAUGGGGGACAUCCACUGUCAUUCUGUCUUUCCAUGCUCUCACCACUGCAGUGAAUUCUUGACAAUUUCUCCAGGAAAAAAAAAAGCAAAUGCACAGCGCUGUGCCAAUUGACCACACUUCAAACGGGUGCAGAUCAUGCGUGGCAAACGUGUCUGAUCAAACAAGGAGGCCAGCAAAGAAAGCUGAUGAAUAAAAGGCCCGUCCAACUGCACUGGGUCUCACAUCACAAUAAAUAGUGUGCUAAAAGACAGCUCUCCAAAUGAGCUCUGCUAGCGGCGCCUUCCUUGUACAGUUUGCAGAGAGCUGAAAGAUUUUCUGUGCUCAGCAUGGCUGCACGUGGAUAACAAAUUCUGUAGUGCAAUAUUGUACAGGUUUUGUUCUCUUCUUGUUCCCACAAUGCUUAGAAUACAGUCAUUGUAAUGGUUGACAUACUGUACUUAAACUGCUGUUUUUUUUGUCUAAUGCUGUACAAAUAUAAUUUAAUUCCAGGCAGGCUUUUUAUUUUAAUCCAUCAUAAUGGGCUUGAUUAAAACUCAUACCUCGAAGUCUGUGUGAUUAAUAAAACAAGACAAUGAGCGCUACAUCCAAAGCAAAAUUUAAAGGCAACUCAAUGUGGAAAUACAACAUUAUUUUUCUUUUGUACUGAAGUUGCUAAUCUUAUUUUACUAUAUAAUGACGAAAACUCUGUCUGUGGGUGUGUCUGUUCCACGUUUUUCUCCUCAUUGACUUGGUCAAUCCAUGUGAAAUUUGGCACAGUGGUAGAGGGUCAUGGGAGGAUGUGAAUGAAGCAAUAUUACAUCAAUUGGCCAAAGGGGGGCGCUAUAGCAACAGAUUGAAAUUGCAAACUUUGAAUGGGCAUAUCUAAUGCCCCGUAUGUCGUAGAGACAUGAAACUUUGCACAGAGAUGCCUCUCUUGAUGAGGAACAAAUUUGCCUCAAGAACCCAUACCUUCUGGUUUUAUAGAUUUUCCGCCAUUUUGAAUUUUUUGAAAGAAAUCGAUCUCUUCCUAGGAAGUUUGACCAAUCUGCAUGAAACUCGGUGAACAUAAUCUAGAGACCAAUAUCUAAAGUUCCCUCUUGGCAAAAGUUGGAAAACUUACUAAAACUGAGCUUCUAUAAGGCAAUGAAUAUUGCGGAGGGCGUGGCUCAUCACAUAAAGGUGUAUAACAUCUCAAGGGUUUCACCGAUCACCACGCAACUUUGUAGGCAUAUGACCACACAUAAUCUGAGGGGACCCCUCCAUUAUUGACCUGAUCAAACAAAAUGGGGGCGCUAGAGAGCUAAUUUCUUAUCUAGGCCUAACCGCCAUAUCGAUUUUUACUAAACUUGGUCGAUAAUGUAGAACAGGACGCCUCAAGGUGACUGGAGAAAUUUAACUCUAAUUGGCAACUGGGUGGCGCUAUAACAACAGAAAAAUGCUUAAAAAUGGCUAAAAGACGACCAAUCACUGUGGCUCCCCCUGUGGCCCAAUGUUUUUGUUUUUCUAAUUUUUGGUAUGGCAAAGUCAUGGUAUGGUAUGCUGAUAAGUCUUCAGUGCUUUGUUUUUUAGAGAUCUGUAUUGUGCUCAGGGUGGAAAAGCAUCUAAAGCAACAUUUUACAUGACGUAAACUUAAACUAUUUACUCUUCAAGUUUGCUCCUGAAACCUGGCACCUCUUAGCCUUCACAUAAGCAUCGAUAUUAGGUGUGCAGAGUCAUCCAGUGGGCCGGAUUGGAUGCUUUUGGGGCCGGUUCUCGCCCAUGGGCUGUAUAUUUGACACCUCCUCUUGGCAUUGAAUGGCAUAACAGUAAUAUAAAGGUAAAUGUAUGUCAAACGUUGGUCAUACAUUAUAAAUCUAGUGAAUGAAUAAAACGAUUCAAAUGUGUACUAUGCAGUAUUUACCCAUGACACGAGAUUGGAAAGCACAGAACAUCUCCAGCAGUUUCGUCAACCCAGUGAAAGUCUUCCUCCCAAUGGUACGCCUCUUUCCUAUUCAAAUGUGCCCCCUCUGUUACAGCAGCGGUUGUCCUGGCUCCAGUGUACUGCUGCUUUUCUAUCCCAGCAGCCAGUUUACUGCAUUCACCUGGUGGCUCAGAUGUAAAUCAGCCUCCCGAAGGCUACAUGGCUACAAUAAAACCAGCAGGACUCGUCUUUUGAAGCCGCAUUAAAGCCACUGCGAGGGACCGUCAUAGUACACAUAGGUGGUCAGCGAACCUUUCGUCUUAGCCUAGGCUGUUCCUGGUAAAUGCGUGCAGCUGGUGUACUGCACUGACAUGUUAAAACUAUUAUUACUGACCUUUGCAAUAACAUUUGUCUGUCACUAAUUAAUUUGCUCGCUGUGCUUUUUAUUGCUCUAUUUCAGUGGUACCUGAUUUGGGAAUAACCUGAUGCAAAUUAGCCUCUGGCUGUAUGUAUCUCUGGUGCAGUGGGCUUUGUUAUAUUUUGUGUUGUCAAAUGAGGCAGGUAAGUAAAGUGAGAAUAUAAUAAGGUCCAAAUCAUUAUAGGUUCUAAAAGUGGGUCUCAAGAAGAGAUGGGAAGUUUAACCAUACUUCUUAAAGAAGUUCAGUUUCAGUAUUUCAUCCUAAUUAAAUGCCCUGCAUACACAUGCGGGUCUUUUUACUUAGUCUGUCUGAUUAGACCUCUGCUAAGGCUGAAGCGAGGCAGAGUUAUGCAGGGAAUUGCAUAAUGUCACCACUCUCUCUGUCCUAAUAUGAUAAAGGUGUUGCCCCGCAGUGACAGGUACAACCAAAGUGACAGGAGACUGAGGAAGAUGUCAAUCAAAAAACA